AUGUUCAGCGAUGGAGACACGUUGAAAAAGAUCGCCGGCACUCGCAGUAAGUACACCAAGGGCGAGUGGUAUGCAGUCGGGAGAACCACUCCAGGAGAGGAUCAUUUGUUCUCGAUGCGCGAUGAAGAGAAGCGCAAGUACUUGAAGAGCAAAAUGGGGCCCGGUUAUUCGGGCUUGGAGAAUGGAGGCUUUGAAGCCGGCAUAGAUAAGAACAUCACCGCGUUCGUUGACCUCAUCGACCGCAAGUAUAUCUCCACCGCAAAGGACUUCAGACCGAUGGACAUGGCCAGUAAAUCAACUUACCUUGCCCUUGAUGUCAUCAGCGAGCUUGGCUUCGGCACCCCAUACGGCUUCCUGAAAGAAGAUCGAGAUCUGUAUCAGUAUGUUGCCACGAAAGACGCCUUCUUUCCGGUCAUGAUCACUAUGGGAAACGUGCCAUGGUUGGCUACGCUUAUGCACAGUUGGCCUCUCAAUCUGGGGCUGCCAAAGUCCGGAGACGCAGCUGGAUUUGGGGCGCUUAUGGGGUUUGCCAAAACCUUUGUUGAUGGACGGUUGGCUCCGGAUACGAAGCCCGGCCGGGACAUGAUCCAGUCAUUUAUAAAUGCUGGUAUGACAAGAGAAGAGCUUACACAGGAAGUUUACGUUGAAACCAUUGCUGGUUCCGAUACCACAGCAACGGCGAUCCGUAUGAUUCUCUUGUCACUCCUAUCCAACCCGCAAGCCUUCACAGCCCUCCGAGCCGAGAUUGAUACACUAGUCUCGAAGAAGAUGAUUAGCUCUCCGAUCAAAGAUUCGGAAGCGAGAUUCAUGCCAUAUCUUCAAGCUGUAAUCCGCGAAGGUCUCCGUCUAUACCCACCGUCUACUGGCAUCGUCAGCAAGCAGGUCUCAUCAGAAGGAGACAUCGUCCAUGGAUAUCGGUUGCCCCCUAAUACACAACUGGGAGAGAACGUGUGCAGCAUCGGCCGAUCGAAGGACAUUUUUGGACCUGACGCACAUCUGUUCAGGCCAGAGAGGUGGAUAGAGGCAGCAAUGUCCGAUGAUGAAGGAAGAUAUAAGGCGAUGAUGUCAACUACCGACAUGGUCUUUGGGUAUGGCAAGUUUUAUUGCAUGGGGAGAAAUAUUGCGUUGAUGGAGUUGAACAAGAUCUUCGUUGAGGUCAGCGCUUAUACCCAUUCAAAUUAA